UUCGGGGCCCUCCCGAGAAAAGGAGUUGGUGGGGCAGGGCUGGAGGAGGUUGGUCGCGCUCUGCCCGGGUGAAAGGGCGGUGGCUGCACCGGGCGGGGCCAAGUUUCAGGGCUGGCGGCCGGGCUGCGGUGGCGUCGGGAGCCGCUGCGAAGCUGCGCGCUGCUUAGGCGACGGGGGGCUGGCCGAGCAGAGUCCGCGCGCGCCCGCGCUGAGCUGCCGGCCUCGGCGGCUGCGCCACUCGGCCGCAGCGACGAAGCGCUGGUGUUUCCAGCAUGACGGAGCUAAGGCAGAGGAUGGCCCGCGAGCCGGACGCACCGCCCGAGGAAAAGGAGUCGGAGGCAGAAGCAAAGGCAGAUGGAGAGACUGCAUCGGACAGUGAGAGUCGAGUGGAAGCUGUCACCCUACCAACCUCUGUAGACGAUACCCCAGAGGUCCUCAACAGGGCCCUUUCCAACUUGUCUUCAAGAUGGAAGAACUGGUGGGUGAGAGGCAUCUUGACUUUGGCCAUGAUUGCAUUUUUCUUCAUCAUCAUUUACCUGGGACCAAUGGUUUUAAUGAUGAUUGUGAUGUGUGUUCAGAUUAAGUGUUUCCAUGAGAUUAUCACUAUUGGCUACAAUGUCUACCACUCCUAUGACCUGCCCUGGUUCAGAACCCUCAGCUGGUACUUUCUACUGUGUGUAAAUUAUUUCUUCUAUGGCGAAACAGUGACAGAUUACUUCUUCACUCUGGUCCAGAGAGAGGAACCUUUGCGGAUUCUCAGUAAAUACCACCGAUUCAUUUCCUUUACUCUCUAUCUAACAGGAUUCUGCAUGUUUGUGCUGAGUCUGGUCAAGAAGCAUUAUCGACUGCAGUUCUACAUGUUUGGCUGGACCCAUGUAACAUUACUGAUUGUUGUAACCCAGUCACAUCUUGUUAUCCACAACCUGUUUGAAGGAAUGAUCUGGUUCAUUGUCCCCAUUUCUUGUGUGAUCUGUAAUGACAUCAUGGCCUAUAUGUUUGGCUUCUUCUUUGGUCGAACCCCACUCAUCAAGCUGUCCCCGAAGAAGACCUGGGAAGGCUUCAUCGGGGGCUGCUUUGCUACUGUGGUAUUUGGCCUUCUGCUGUCCUAUGUGAUGUCCGGGUACAGAUGCUUUGUCUGCCCCGUGGAGUACAACAAUGAUACCAACAGCUUCACUGUGGACUGUGAGCCCUCGGACCUGUUUCGUCUGCAGGAGUACAACAUUCCUGGGGUGAUCCAGUCGGUCAUUGGCUGGAAAACAGUCCGGAUGUACCCCUUCCAGAUUCACAGCAUUGCCCUCUCCACUUUUGCUUCACUCAUUGGCCCCUUUGGAGGGUUCUUCGCUAGUGGAUUCAAGCGAGCCUUUAAAAUCAAAGACUUUGCCAAUACCAUUCCUGGCCAUGGAGGCAUCAUGGAUCGCUUUGACUGCCAGUAUCUGAUGGCCACCUUUGUCAAUGUGUAUAUUGCCAGUUUUAUCAGGGGCCCUAACCCGAGUAAGCUGGUUCAGCAGUUCCUGACCUUGAGGCCAGAUCAGCAGCUCCACAUCUUCAACAUGCUCAAAUCUCACCUGACUGACAAGGGGAUGCUGACAGCUGCCACGGAGGACGAAUAGGGACCACCAAGGGCCGGAAGAGCAGGAACAGGGCUGAGUGAGGGGCAGGGCUCCAGGGCAAGCCCAGCUGGACAAAGACAAGACUUCAACUCACUGUCUUUUUUUUUUUUUUUUACAGUGUUUUUUAUUUGUGGAUUUUAAAAAAAAAAUCUGUGUGUACAGUCUAUGUGCUUAUGAUUUGGGUUGUAAGUAACCUACAGCUUUGAGUUGGAAAGAAGUCAUGGUGGUAAAACCAUUUGGGUUUUUAAAACCGAAGUUUUUAACAACCUGGAAGACAGUGUUGCCCAGCUCUGAAGCACCUGCUUGGUGCUUCUAGCUCCCAAGCUGGAGCUUCCAUAUCUGGGCUUGAUCAGAGUGGUCAUUCAUCUGUGUUCGUCCAGUUUAGCCACCCCGCCACCCCGCCACCCCAAGCUCUCUUUGUAGCUGACCCCCAGCAGGGAAGAGAUGCACAGCUUGGAUGUCUUUACUACUGGAGCGCUUUCCCUGGGCUUCUCAGUAAUCCCUGCCUUGGAGCUACAGGAGUGCUGCCUCCUGAGGCUGGAGGGAUGAAGACUUGUUAAUCAGAUAGGCAUUCUGUUCACAAAUCCUGUGGAGUAUGAGCUCUGCUUUAUGAUAUGGGUUCACCUCGCUUCAUCACAGACUGAAAGAAGGUUUCAGUUUUUAUUUUUUUCAGAAAGCAUGAAAAAUUAUAAUAGUCUGGAGAAAAGCUACACUGUACUAUUUCAAGUGUAUGCAGUAGGAUAUACUGUAGUUGGGCCUUUUCCUACAGGGUUUAGGCUCAAGUGGCUCCUAUAGGGCAGUCGGUUAACUGGGUCUUUUCAGGGAUGAUGUCGUUCACGUUUGUGCUGUAGACUUGUUGCUGCUGAAUCCCUUCUGGGGGCUUCCCGAUUUGACAGGGAGCAGAGGGCUUCUCUUUCACAUGCCCAUGCCCUUGGCCUUGCUGACCACCCACAUAGCUGCUGUGUUGUGUGUGUGUGUGUGUGUAUAUUAUAUAUAUAAUAUAUAUAUGUAUAACUCUUAAGGCAAGUGUGUAUCUGUGUGUGUGUUAAAAAUCACUUAUUUCUUACAGUGAUUUCAAUUGUACCAUGACUUCUUCACUGAAACCACAAAGUCCUGCUUACAACUCUGCAUAACCCAACCCAAUUAGAGGUUUGAAGCUUCUGAAGAUUAAAUGCACACUUGUUGUAUAAUGUGACCAGUUUAAAUGUAGUUUAUAUUUUACAGGGGGACCGUUUUUCUUUUCAACUGUGACUUAUUUAUUGUUUCCUUUUAAGUAGAGGAGUGAGGUUGACUUUUGGAAUAUACGUUCUUUGUCAGGACAAUAAGCAAGGGGAGAGCUUGGUGGCCAAGUGUGUUCCAUUAUUCUGUGCCGUAUUGGUUCUCAUUGCCAAAUGGGGGUGUAGCAGCUUGCUUCAGCACCUUGGGCUGGUGCUGCUUUGCUUUAUUUCUGUUUAUCUCAGCCUCACUGCAUCCGUGGAUGCUCACAGCCAGCCCAGAUCACUAAAGCGUCCAGCACGGACCAGACCCCUCUUGAUGUCUCAGCUCACAGUCGCUGUGUGACCUUCCACGUGCAACAGCUUCUUUCUUCUGAACUUUUAUUUCCAGUUCAUUACAUGGCUUUUCUUUUUCAGGUCCAAGGCCCCCUUAAAAACAAAAUGUGUUUUUGCAUGGGGUUUUAGUGCUGGCUGUGACUCUAGGUAGGACAGACACAUCACUCUGUGGGUCCUCAUUUUCUGAGGUGUCUUGUAAUUCCCAUAUUCCAUGAUUCUGGCUGAACAAGUACAUGUACCAGAGGCUGCUGCAGGUAUUGAGUCAUGUCCUGGGCACCCAAAAAGCAAGUACUUACAGGCCUUUUCUAAAUACUUGUCCUUAAAAUGCUUGUCCUCAGCAAUAAAUCUUAAAAAGUGGAGGUGAUGAGUAAUGAAUCUAGUUUUCUGAUUGCAGAAUGAACUUGGUUCCCCAAACCAGAGAUGGAAUGGUGCCACAUUUGUCUCGUGGUGCCCUACUGUGGGCAGAUGGUGGAUCCUUGGGUGCAGGGAGUCUCAGCUGGGACUCGGCAGCAGAGAGCCACCUUUGAAUAGGUCUUCCUUUGGGAUCAGGGAGCCUGGCACAUUCCUGUGGACAUGGCUGCUGAUGGGGGUCCUGGGAAACGGCAGCUGGAAGCUCAACAGAGCUGCCAUCAAGAAAGCCCGAGGGUCAGCUGGGAUUUUGUUUUCUUUUGAUUCCCUUCCUGCUUUCUGGUGAAAUAGGGGAAUUUCAUAGUCAGUAGCCAGGAGACUGAUGCCACCUUGUGUCUAUAUAGCACAUUGUUUUUCUUUCUCCCAUUUAUUGAAAAUCUUUCACCAAAUAGACAAGUUUCCAGAGACUUGUAACACACAGCUGUGCAGAUAUUAAUGAGUGGCAUAACUUGCUUCAGAUCCAUUUUUUUUUUGUGAGAAAUAAAAUGUGACAAAUUGUGUGCCCUCCCUUGUUGUGGAUUUAGUUUCUAACUCCCAUGCAUGGUUUUAUGUUUCCCAUUUGAUUUUGUGUUCAUACAUAUUGUGCAGUCCUGUUUUAGAGAUUUUUUUUUUUUUUUUUCCAAUUUGAAUCCUAUACAUUCUCACAGCAGCCUUCUGAGGUACCUCAGGUCAGAGGCAUGAGCCCUUUGCUGAUGAGGAAGCCGAGGGCCGGGGGGCACUUCCCCAGGGUCACGUGGUGGUUGUGCUCACCAGCAGGACAAGGACUUCUCAUCCCCGGGCCUCCUCACCUUUGGGAAAGCGCAAUAUUCCUUCUGGCAAGCUCAGGAGGCCUGACCUGUGUGCCAUGUUUAGGGUUUAAGUUGCUGUUAGCUCCUACCUGGUGACAUAAGGAGCUGAUGGAAAAAGAAACCAGGGAGCAUCUGCAGGGGCUGGGCCUGGGCGUCCUCCCUGGCGAGUUCUCGUGACUGCUCGCAGGACACCCACGCCUUUUCCCUUUGCGUGCAUGUGCCACCCUCUCAGUUGCUCUCAGCAUCGAAAAAGUACACAUUUAUGUUUUGCUUCUGAAAGUGAAACACUCUAAGGCAGCCUGGGCCUUAUUUAUGUUUAUUACUUCUUGCCUGUUUCAUAUUCUGAGCAUUUUAGUAGGUAUAGUUUAACUGUAUUUAAGAUGUAUCUCCUUCUAGUGUUGUACAAUUCUGUAAUGUAUGUUUGAAACUAAUGUCUCUUUCAGAAGGGGCAAAAUGUAACUUAGCCUUACACAAGUAGACUCUGAAAUCAUUUUAUGGUAUUUAUUUUUUCCCCGCUGUGCUUUUUAUCCUGUAACUUAUAUUGUAUAAGAAGAUUCCAAAAAUAUAUUUUAACGGAGACUAAACGGGCCCUUUGAUUUGAAUGAGCUAGUUGCCGAGUUAGCUGGAGGCUGAUUCGAAUGGAUCCUUAAGUUCACAUCUUCAGACUGUCAGUGAGCCCCUGGCAGGCUCAGGAGCAUCCCUGACAUUGCCAGGGGCAGGGGUGUGUGUGACUGACUCAGGGCAAAGAGCAUCAUUGCUUGGAAAACUGGACAGCAGUGGCCUUGCUCCGUAAGAAGCCUGCCCAAGGUCAGUUUCCAAGGAAGUAGAUUUGCAUUACUGUACUAGAUGUGGCACCUCUGAAACUUCUUCUUGUGUCACUGAUAUCUUAGGCACCAUCGCCUUUUGUCUUUGGGAGUAACUCUCAUCUGUGCCCACCUUUCUUGUGCGUUGUGAUUAUGUGCUGAGGAAGGGGUGGAGUGGGGAGGGAGCAGUUUCCCUUAGGCCCAGGGUUCCUGUUCUUCCACAGUCAGGGUGGGAAGUUUCCCUUAGGCCCAGGGUGCUGUCCUUCCACAGAAGGAUGUCCAGGUGACUGUCACACACACAUUGCAAGACAACAAACCAUGGGCCGACUCUCACUGUGCUUGUCAGCAGGGGCUCCGAAAGAGUGGCUGGAACAAACCAUCAGCUUCCUGAAGAGAGGGUCUGGUUCUUGGGCAGAGCCUCGUUAUUCUGUCCUUGUCUUGGUGAAACGAACUUCCUUUUCCCUUGAUCACCUUCCAUGCUCGCAAUUACCCAGCUUUCACUUUUUAAAGAGAUUACCCGCUCCCACUUCCUAACUUGUUUUCCCUUGUUGGGUGGGGGCCCUUGUGGCACGACCUACAUAGGGUGCUAGGCUUGGACCAAGUGGUGAUGAAAGAGGCUAAUUUAAGGGCUCUUCUAGGCCUACCUCCUCUUGGUCCUGAACUCUGUUCACCCACAUUCCCUGCAGAAGGUGGGCCCGUUCUCAGUGAGGAAUGGAGUCCCAGCUGCUGACUGCCUAUUUCCAUUUGAAGGUGGCCCCGUCUUUCUGUUCCUCCCAUCACUGCACACCCCCCCCCCUUUCAGGUUGACCGGCAGUAACCUUAUUCACCUGGCCUCUCAGGUGGGUAGAGGCUGCUGUUCUUACGUGGGGCUGCCUCUUGAUAGAGUAAGGCUUUCACCUGUCCGUAUGUAUGGCAUGUUUUCAAAGACAAAGAGAUCUCAGCUGGGAGGCUGGUUUGGGAGGUAUACUUUGGGUGCUGAAGUGUUGGGAUUUUAGAACAUGUAGAUGAUUUAUGAGAACAGAAUGCCAGAAUAUCUGAAGUCUAGGAUUUUAUGGCCAGUGGCUUUCAAAUCCAUUGGCUCUUUGAAAACCCUGCCCCCCUUCCCCUCUUCUACCAAAUGCCUAUCUGAUGAGGCUCCUUUUUAUUCUCGAGUCAUUAAGUUACCAGCAGUGUGUUUAUUAAUAAUAAUUGCAAUAAUAGUGCUUAAUAUGUGCCAGGCACAGUGCUAAGGAUGCAUUAUCCCUUUUAAUCCAGAAAACAACCUUUGAUCAGGUAUUAUCUCCAUUUUAUACAUGAGGAAAAUGAGGUACCAUGACAGGCAAAGUGCAGUGGUUAAGAUAGACUUUGGGCUCAAAUAGCCCUAGGUUUGGGCAGGUUACUAGGUACAAUUCCAACCCAGCUGGCUCUGAUAAUAGCAGCUCCCUUACGGGAUUGUUGUGAGGAUUUUAUGAGGUAAUGCAUGUAAAUAUUUGUCAGUGCCUGGCACAUAGUAAGCUCAAUAAAUGGUAGUUGUUUUUAUUGAACCCAGCUGGUAAUUUGAACCCAGGGUUGUGUGAUGCUGGAGACUGUUUCUCAGCCACUACACUGCCCCUUCCCUGCACACAGCCUGGGUGUUCAAAGUCUAGAAAGUGACCACACUCUCCUUCUGAGAGAAUCAGUCCAGACCUUACCCAUCUACAGUGACUGGGUACUUCCCACUUCAUUUAGAAAGCCAGCCUGACGAAAGGAAAGAGGAUGUGGACAAGUUCCAGAAUUCUCCAUUCCUGGUAGGAAUGGUUUGCCUGAGAUUUUGCUCACCUCCUGCUGCCCCUGGUCUGGACUUGCCACGGGGAAGGAGGCCCUUUCCUCUUGCCUGGUGGUGCCUCCACUUCCUGGGCAGUAAUGGCUGAUCUGUGAAUUGCUGUGGACCCCAUGUCCCCCUCUGCCAAGAACUGUGCUCUGUGCACACAGCUCAGGGACCUGCAGCAGUCCUCCGUGUGAGCGGACACCGCGGGGCCCAAGAGGAGUGGGAGAGAGAGAAAGCUGCUCUGUAGUAGAUGAUAGUACAGAGGGAAGGCCUAAAGCUCUCGCUCAUGUCCUUACACAUAACACGUCAGGGGCUUUGUGUUUCUUGCUUUCUUAAAAGUGUUAACAGGGUAGACGCAGGUGACCACUUGGGGAUAGAUAGAGGGUGUUUCUCUUGGAUUCUAGGUUAGCAGAGGAUCUCAGCGGUGAUUCAUGAAUGAAAGGAGAGUAGGCACCGGAUUAAUGAAAAAUGAAAACUAUUUCUUUUAGUUUUCCGAAUGCAGACAGAGGAGUUGGGGAGGGUGUGUUUGAGGUGGCUCAUUCUUCACUUGGAAGGAAUGGUGUUGACGGGGUAUCCCGGAAGUUCUCAAGCCAAUAGAAUAAUAAUGACCUAGGACCACUGGCUUGACUGUGGGCUGUUUCCUGAGUGAGGGGAAUGAAGAUUAGACCCAAGGCCCAUGUGUUUAAAUGGUAGUCUCUCCCCUUCAGUUAGUUGCUUAUGACAGGAGCCAGGAGCACAGUUGUGGGGGUUUAGUGAGCAGCUGCUGUGAUGGACUGAUCCUAGGCCUGCCUCCCACUCCUCUGGACCCAUGCUUGCCAGGCCGGGCACUUCCUCCCUCAUUGUUGCAUCUAAUGGACCAAGGCAGCUUUUUAUCUGUAGAGAAAACAGCUCCAAACCAGGGGCAAGGGCCCUCUGCACCUUGGGCUGAAGAUGCUGCUGCAGUGGUCUCCCAGGUCUCGGGAGACCCUUAUGUAGUGCUCAGAGUCUCUAGUUGGGUUUAGCCACCUGGUGACUGUCCUAGGUGAGAUUCUCUGCCGACGUCAUCCAUAGCGCAGUCCCUGUCCUUGGCUGCUGGAGCACCCAUUUCUUACCUUUGUUAGUUUCAUGUGCUCGUUUUGCUGGCUUUGUGCCAGGGAAUGCCAGACUAGAAAGGGGGUUGAGAAUGUACCUACCUGUUUUUAUAAGGAUGUCCUUUGUGUUCUGUUGCAUUUGAAUCCUCCAUACACACAGCACCAUGUGGCUGCCACACAGCACUGUGUUGCUGCCUUAUGUCACACUGGCUGGGUGUCUGGGAGCUGAUUACAAAGGGAAAGAGCUGAGCAGACAUCAGGGCCAACAUAACCAAAGGACUUGGAGCCAAGAGAACAAAAGGCAGUGUCAGGAUACACUGGUUUAUUGUCGUCCGGCCAGCGGACUGUUGAGAAGCCAUGGGGGCAGCAGCAGGAGGAGUGCAGGCAGAGGAGAGGCCAAGAGUCCUGCAGCUGGCGGAGGCCAGCCCUGAGUGUCUUGUGGGUGCGGGAACAGAAACUGGGCUCAGAAACCCAUCCAGGUCUCCCUGGAUUCAACGCUCAUGCACUGUGGAUUCUCUUCUGGAGUCGAUGCUGAUACCAAGUUUUAAGUUUUAUUGGUGUUUAAUACUUUCCAAAACAGGAGGGGAAGACCAAAGUGUUAGAGACAAGCGGCCCCUCUGUUGAAGAUUGUUGGGAAGCCUGGUGGUGUUGGGUGAGUCAGGCACUUCCUCAGUUCUGUUCACUCUGAAGACCUGUUUAGUGAGAAAGUUCCCCAAAACAUAGAAAUGGCUUCCCUGGCCCCACUGGGGAGUGCCAGGUAGUCAAAUGUAGCCCACUGCAGUGUCUGUGCUGCCAAGAUUGGCCCCGAGUUUGUCCUGGCCCUGCCUCUGGCAUUUCACUAAAUCCAUGUGUUUUUGCCCCAGCUGACCUUUCUCUGUGCACUGUCUGAUCAGUAUUGAACUGAUUCUUUUUCAAUGAAGUGUCAGAUCAUGAUAUACUGUACAUUGGAAAGUAUUCACCUUAUUUAUAUACCUGAAUCUUCCUACUACACAAAUAAACAUCUGUUAAAUUCUG